AUGAGUGGUGAUCGGUGUACUUCUUUGACGGAUUUCUUCGAUAGUUAUGCCGGGCAGUUUGAAGAGACCAAUUUCUUGUCACCCUCUACAGCAUCUACCAACGACAUCUUCAGUAUUCUUGAAGUUUUUGAGGGUGGUUCCGAUGAAUUCACAUCUAUGAUGCCUUUGGAAACUGGGUUUCAUGCAAAAGAUCAUAAGUCCACUUCUUCCUGCAGUGUUUUACAAGAUCUCGUAGAGGCGGAGCUGGAGAUGCUUUCGCCCAAGACCAAGAGACAAAAACUGUCUUCGGUCGACCAAGGCGGUGCAAACUCAGACGGGCAGCAAAAAGUGUCGCAUAUCACGGUGGAGAGGAACCGAAGGAAGCAGAUGAACGAGCAUCUAACCGUUCUUCGUGCACUAAUGCCUUGCUUCUAUGUCAAAAGGGGUGAUCAAGCAUCAAUAAUAGGCGGAGUAGUUGAUUACAUCGCUGAAUUGCAACAAGUUCUUCAAUCAUUAGAGGCAAAGAAGCAAAGAAAAGUUUACAGUGAUGUUUUAAGUCCAAGGCUUGUUUCUUCAAGCCCUAGACCUUCACCUCUCAGCCCUCGGAAACCGCCAAUUAGCCCUCGGCCCCUCUUGCCCAUUAGCCCAAGAACCCCACAACCAGUAAGCCCUUACAAACCUAGGUUCCAGCAACCUGCAACUACCAAUUCCUCUUACAUACCUCCAAUACCAUCACCAAUGGCAGCGAAUUUAACACCACCUUCACUUGAACCUUCACCUUCUAGUUCUUCCUCAACUUCAGACAUUGUUAACGAACUCGUUGCGAAUUCAAAGUCAGCCAUUGCUGAUGUUGAGGUGAAGUUCUCAGGCCCUAAUCUUCUUCUGAAAACUAUCUCGCCUCGGUUGCCUGGUCAAGCAACGAAAAUAGUUUCGGUUCUUGAAGACCUUUCUCUUGAAAUCCUCCAGGCGAGCAUUAACACAGCUGAUGAAACUAUGGUGCAAUCCUUCACCAUCAAGAUUGGAAUCGAAUGCCAGCUAAGUGCGGAGGACCUGGUUGAACACAUUCAGCAAACAUUCAGCUAGCGUUACGUAAUGGUAUAGUAGACG